GUUUCCAUUACCAGUCUCUUGCGGCCCUGCAGUACCAGGAGGAGCACAAUCCAGAGCCAUGUCGCCAUAAUAGACCUCACUACUCAACUCGACAUGGCGUCCAAUGCUUCCAGCCAUCGAUCAAGGAGAAAGCGAGCACUCGCGAGCAGCUCCUCCAACGGUACUGUGAUACAAGAGCUCACAGGUACGAAGCAUGAGAAGCCCGCCUUCCCCCUGGUCGCCUUCUUCUGGCCUGUGAAAGGCUCUCUAUCACAAUGGAUCACGUUGCCAUGCAUUCUCAUGGCUGUUGGCCUGUUCCGCUGGUGCACAGCAAUCUGGCCCUAUUCAGGUUUCCAGAAACCUCCCAUGCACGGAGACUUCGAAGCACAACGGCACUGGAUGGAACUGACUAUCAAUCUGCCCACAACACACUGGUACUUUCACGACUUACCAUGGUGGGGACUUGACUAUCCACCUUUGACGGCGUACCAUUCGUGGAUCUUGGGCAAGGUUGGCUCAUUCAUCAACCCUUCCUGGUUUGCAUUAUACCUAUCUCAUAAACUUGACGAUCCGGACUUGAAGGUCUACAUGCGAGCUACAGUGUAUGUUUCCGAACACUUGGUGUAUGUUCCAGCCAUCAUAAUUUGCGUGAGACAUCUGGCAAGACUGUACAGCAUCAACACUUGGGAAGCGUCGAUUGCAUUGACUGCGAUUUUGAUGCAGCCUGCGACCAUCUUGAUUGAUCAUGGCCACUUUCAGUACAAUACCGUCAUGCUGGGAUUCUUCGUUGCGGCUGUAUCGAGUAUCUUGGCUGGUCGAGCACUCUGGAGCUGUCUGUUCUUUGUCUGUGCGUUAGGCUUCAAGCAGAUGGCACUCUUCUGGGCGCCAGCAAUAGCGGCAUAUUUGGCUGGAAGCUGCAUCUCUCCCAAGGUCGACGUGGUUCGCUUUCUGGGCAUUGCCGUCACUACACUCGGCUCAUUCGUCCUCUUAUUCCUGCCGCAUCUGCUGGGCACGGCAUACGAUACAUAUCGGGGCAUUCCUUUGCCAUCCGAUGCUACUUUACCCCCUCUACUCGAUUCGCUCCCAUUCAAAUUGGACGAGAAGGCUGUCUACUGGCCCUACGUGGUACAGCUUGCACAAGCUGUUCACCGCAUCUUUCCAUUCUCUCGCGGCUUGUUUGAAGACAAGGUGGCCAACAUCUGGUGCACCAUUCAUGCAUCGGGUGUACACAAGCUCCACAACUACGACCAGGCCCUGUUGAGCAAGGCCGCUCUGGGUCUAACACUGGCAUCGAUUCUCCCGCCAUGUUUGAUCAUCUUCCUGCGGCCCAAAAAAGAACUGGUACCUUUGGCGCUCGCAACCACUGCUUGGGGAUUCUUCCUUUGCUCCUACCAAGUCCACGAGAAGAACGUUUUGCUACCGCUUCUACCAAUGACGCUGCUCCUUGCAGCUCAAAAUGGAAUGCAACCUCAUAUUCGUGCCUGGGUCGGCUAUGCAAAUCUCGUUGCCAGCUGGACACUAUUCCCACUUCUCUCAAAGGACGAGUUGAGGAUGCCCUACCUGGUGCUCAACUCUCUCUGGGCAUACCUGAUGGGCCUGCCACCUUUCAGUAUCAGAGCCUACACAGUGCCCGCUAGCGAAGGUGGCGUCGCCAUUCCUACGAAGCUCAUCCAUCUUGGCACGUAUGCGGCAAUGAUCGCAUGGCAUACCGCAGAGCUAUUCGUGCGGCCUCCAGCUGACAAGCCGGAUUUGUGGGUAGUCGCUAAUGUGUGUGGGGGAGCGGCCGGAUUCGGGCUAUGCUAUCUCUGGUGUCUCUGGAAUCUUGCCGUCGACAGUGGCGCAUUGAGUGUGGUUGGCAUUCGAAAGCAGUCUCUCGCGACGGGAAAGAAGACGCAGUAGCCCGGGAACGAUUGGUUCGAGUGGAGAGCGGUGCUCCUUCAUCAUGACCCGGGUAGAUAUGUACAGUAUUGUACAAUAGUAUACAGCUCGACUCUUAUGUCUUCGACCAGAUCUAUCAUGCUCUUUUCAUGUCAUCCUGUAGUAACGCCAUUCCCAAUGCAACCUCUUAUGCGACGACAAAUGCAGCCUUAUGCGAUGUUGAACCCGUAGCUGCUCAUACAACUGCGGUACUUCGAGACGAGGUCCUGGCAUGCAGCUUGCGGAUCUUUGGCGUUGGAAAAGAGCAUGCAUUCAUCGCGCGCGAACUUCUCAUCCUUGCAUACGCAGCAGGGCUUCACUUUUGCAGCAGCUUCGCCCUUCGGCUUCAGGUCCGCGGCGGCAUUGUUGGGUUGCAGCGCGGUGCUGCUGGCGUUGUCUGCCAUGGUGUUGACUGCAGCGGUCGACAUGGCGGUCUGGAUGCUGACGAGGUGGUGUGAUGCAGUUAAGGUGAGUUCAUAAGGUAUGCCUCAGUCUAAGGUACAGGUACUCUCGAUGGUGGAAGAAGUGCUUGGUAAUGCAUUCAUAGAGCACGUCACUUUCG